AUGGCCGGGCUGCAGCCCGAUAUUUAUGCAGCCAUCAGCAUCACUUGGGUCGCGGCCUUUCUGGCCCUUGGUUUGCGACUCAAAGCGCGACGAAUGACCAAGAUGAACCUUUGGUUCGACGAUUACUUUGCCAUCAUCGCAUUGCUCUUCGUAUCAAGUUACUGUUCCGUCACCAUCUACUGGACACAUAGUUACAAACUCGGACAAUCGGUCCUCACGGUCGCGGAUCCAAUCGAAGCAACCCGUAUUCAAGACCGAUCGCGACUUUUACUCUGGAUCUGUGAACUUCUCUACGCCUCGUCGAUCGCAUUUUGCAAACUCAGUAUUUUGUGCUUUUACUGGCGCGUUUUUCAGUAUACAUCGAUUCGAUAUGCCAUCAUUGGCUUGCUUAUCGCCGUCAGCAUAUGGAUAACUAUUCGAACUUUCAUGGUCAUCUUUCACUGCGUGCCGAUUCGAGCAUACUGGGAUAAGAGCAUACAAGGCGCGAAAUGCCCUUUUAACGAAGCGAAUUUCUUCUUUGCUACGAUUCUUAUUCAUACCACGAUGGACUGUGUUAUCCUGAUUUUACCCGUCAUCGAAGUUAUGAAGAUGACGUUACCUUUAUCGCAAAAGUUGGCCGUUGUUGGACUCUUUACAUCUGGAACCAUGUACCUUGUCUUCCUAUGCUACGACCUAUUUUUCGUCAUUUUCUCCCAGGACUCUCGACAACAGAAGAGUCAGCCCAAGCGCCGAUCAGUUUACCAAACGUUGUCCUACCCGGAGUACGGCUUACGGAAACGAGAUCAAAGAAACGGGAGUCUCGUAGGUCAGGCAUGUCUCAUGGGCUAUAUGAUCCGGAGUUGGGUGUCUUUCAUGGAUUUUCGGAUAUAUCAAGCAUCAGAAGCGUGGCGUCUAGGUCAGACGGUGACUCAACGCCGGGAAACAUCUAAUAUUAAUACCAACUAUUUCAAAUUUCAAUAUCCUGUUCUUUAUAUUGUAGGUCCAUCGUAUCCUACGGAACCGAACUACAAGGGCAAUCCAGCAGCAUUAUCACCAUAUUCUUUGAUGUUGUAAUUAGAUAUUCAAUUCUUGGCAGACCUUUCAAGUUUGCUUCCAGUGAGCCUGGGAGCCAGUCUUGCAAAUCUUGGAUGGGACCAUUAGACCAGUCCCAAGCAAGUACAAGCAGCAAUCUUCCAACAAACAGGUCCCAUAUUUGCCUCAACCGCCUUAUCGACGCCGUAUGGGACCUCAAAGCAUACUACAUCCUUGCGAGACUUCAAAGGUCCCCUGCGGCUCCCACUCAUCACGCCAACCUCCUGUGGAUCUGUGAAGAGUGAUAAGCUGCGAUUAGGUUCCCUUUAUAGGUUUAAGGCGUCUCAAGAACACUGUCUUAUCUUGCACCGAGUCUAAAUCACCCGCCGUGAUAUUGGUGCUCCCCAGUGAUCCACGUAUAUGUAGUUUCUGUCUUCGCGGGGCAGGCUGAACU